AUUUGGAAUCUACUGGUUUAAAUGGAUAUAAUGAAUUGAAUUCAACCCAGGAAAUCAUAAAGAUGGUCUUUCCUAUAGAAUAUGAAAAUCAAAUCAGAAGUUUAGUGCAAAAUAAAGAAAAUAUCAAUCCAACAAAUAUAACAUUUUCUGAUCAAAUUAAAAUACUUUCAAAUCAAGUUGUAGAUGUAAAAUGCUUACCUACAGGAUUCAGUACAAGUUUUUCACCUUCUACAAAUACUUGUAACUAUUGCUAUAACAUACUGAAUGAAGGAGAGGUUUUAACCUGUGGUCAUGGAUACCAUUAUAAAUGUUAUGAUAAAUUAUAUUACAGUUGCAACCAUUGUAAAGAAUAUUAUAAGAAAGGUAUUAAUUAUAAUGUAAAGAUGUUCAUUAAAUGUUUAGAAAAAGGUUUGAAUGUUCUUACUAAUGAGAAACUACAAGACAAAGAAGAGUCCACCCCAACAGCAGAUGAUUCUGAUGAUCAAACAGAGCUAGAAAGCAUUUCAGAAGUCCAUAAUAAUUUUGUAAAUGCACUUGAGGCAAUGUCUUGCUAG